CAAAACACUAAUCCGGCAGAAUCUUCAUUAAUCGUGUGGAUUUGGUGUCGUUUCAGUUCAAAAUGACGGCUGAAUGCGGUCAGUGAGAAAUCAGACAGCAGGCUGGACACAUGCCAGUGUUUGUGUUGUCUUAUGAGUGUGAUGAGUGCUAUUGAUGACUGUUAUUGAUCUUCAUCAUGAAGCUGAGCUCAUCACUAUUUGCUUUAUUGUGUCUCAUAUGUGAGAUUGUGUCCAUCGCUCUUUUCCUGCGAGGAUUCUUCCCUGUUCCUGUCAAAUCGUCCUUUUCAGCCAAGAGCAAAGUGCCUCAUUUUCCUGCAGAGCCACAGACAGGAAGUGGGCCGAACUCCAGAAAAGCUCCCGAGCCUUUGUUCAAGCGGGUGGUGAUCGUCCUGAUCGAUGCUCUCAGAGAGGACUUUGUGUUCGGCUCUGAUGGCCGGAGGUUCAUGCCCUACACCAGUCAUGUGGUGGAGAGAGGCUCUUCUCACAGCUUCAUAGCCAAAGCCAGACCGCCCACCGUCACCAUGCCCAGAAUUAAGGCUCUGACCACCGGCAGCAUCCCGGGCUUCAUAGACGUGGUGAUGAACCUGAACUCUCCAGCUCUGCUGGAGGACAAUCUCAUCUGGCAGGCCAAGAGUGCUGGCAAACGGAUCAUCUUCUAUGGCGACGACACCUGGGUUCGACUCUUCCCCAAACACUUCAUGGAGCAUGAUGGCACUACCUCAUUUUUUGUGUCCGACUACACAGAGGUGGACAAUAAUGUGACCCGUCAUCUGGACGACACUCUGAAGCGAGAUGACUGGGAUAUUCUGAUUCUGCAUUAUCUGGGUCUGGACCACAUCGGACAUAUCAGCGGACCCCACAGCUCUCUGAUAGGACCCAAACUCAUGGAGAUGGACGACAUCAUCAAGAAGAUACAUGCCUCGCUCAUAUCAAAGGUGAGAGAGUUUAACUCCCUACAGGACCAGAGGAGCACCGGAGCUCCCUGCAGUAUGACACAUCCAACACUCAUUAAUCAUCACAGCCCUUUAUCAGAGAUCUUACUGAGGAUGAUUAAAAGUCUGUUGUCAUGGUUUCGAACUGCACUUCCUAUUUGCCGCCACACCAACAAUGGCCAAAAUUGGGUGUUUUGGGCUGGCAUGUACAUUUUCAAGGUUCCUCCACAAGUUGGAGGAACCAUCAGAGUGGGAUUUGAGAAGCCGGGCGUCCUGGAGCAGGUGGAUCUGACCCCCACCCUCGCACUGGGUCUGGGGUUACCCAUCUCCAAGAACAGCGUGGGCCAUUUGAUUCCAGCAGUGGUUGAGGAGUUAUCGCUCCGAGAACAGCUGCGCCUCCUCCAGAUCAAUGGACACCAGCUCAGCCGCCUCCUACAGGACAGCAAUCCCACCUUCCACAAGGAGGAUGGUUACGAGCAGUUUCGCGUGGCGGAGAAAUCUCACGGAAGCUGGAUGAAGCUCUAUUUGGAUGGAAACACGUCAGAGGUUCUGAGUAACAUGGGCAAGAAGGUUCUCAAACAGUAUCUGGAGGCCCUGAAGGCCAUGAGUUCAGCUCUGAGCAAACAGCUGGGCAAAUACGACUUGUACUCCAUGAUCAUGGGCACGAUCUUCAUACUGCAGGUGCUGUUUUUUCUGAUGUUGGCCAUGCCAGAGGCUUUGAGCAGGGAGGCAGUUGUGGACGUCCCGCUGGCAUCAUCUCUGCUCUCUCUGCCCUUUUACCUGCUGUGUUUGUUUGGCUCAGCCCUUCACGUGCUGGUCUGCACCUCGUCCGGGGGCCCCUGCUACCUCUGCUCUCUCCCUUGGGUCCUAGUGUUCACCGUCAUCCUCUUGUCCUCCGCCUUCACAUGUGCUCUGGUUAGCAUGGCAGCGAGGAGGAUGUCGGCCAGCAACAAGACCCCUGCUAAGGGCUCUGACUGGACUCUGUCGGAGUUGGACGCUCUGUUGCUGAUCGGUACGGUGGGUCACACCCUGAGUUUGGGCUCCAGCAGCUUCAUAGAGGAGGAGCACCAGACCUGGUACUUCCUGCUCAACACGCUGUGCCUGGCCAUCUUCCAGGACGUCUGCAGGAAGUACUUCAGGGAACAGAGGCAUCGAUGUGAGGAGGAGGACGAGGGGCUUUUGCUUCCCUCCAGCACCGAAGAAGGACCGUCAUUCUCCCCGGUGGUGGAGCUGGGAAUGAGUUGGGGCUCAGAGAAAUGGCUGGCACUGGCGACCCCACUGCUGACCUUGACCUGCUGCCGCUUGCUGAGGUCACUGAAUCAGACCGGAGUGCAGUGGGCGCACCUGCCCGACUUUGGACACUGGCUCAACAGUGGGGAUCAUAAGGCAUUCCUCUCCGUGUUGGCGGCGGUGUCUCUGGUUCUGAUCUUUCUCCUGGUUCAGCGUCACUGCUCGCUGGUGUCUAAGAUCGCUCUGGCUCUCGGCCUGCUCGGAGUUUACAGCUAUCGUGCCGCCGUCGGAAAUGUCCUGUUCCCAUGGCAACACAGCAGCCGUGCCGUCUCCAAGGGAACCGUUGAGGCGCGAUUCGUCUACGUUUUCGUCCUUGGUAUCUUAUUCAUCGGCGUGAAGGACCUGUUGCGUUCGCAGAUGAUGUCGUCAGCGGUGGACAGCAGGCGGCUGAAGAGCAGGGGACUGUGGGAAGUGUACAGUGGCGUGGUGUUAUUGGUGGCUCUGUUGUUCAGAGCUCAUAAUUUGCCCACGCUGGCCUGCUGUCUGGUCAUCCAGACAAUCAUGGCUCAGUUCAUCUGGAAGAAGCUCCACUACGAUGCCGCCCAGACCACCAUCAUGCACUGCUGGUUCGGCCAGGCUUUCUUCUACUUUCAGGGAAACUCUAAUAACAUUGGGACGGUGGACAUCUCUGUGGGUUUUGUGGGUCUGGAGAGUUACGUAGAAGCACCUGCCAUUUUCCUGACUGCGCUGAGCACCUACGCAGGACCGCUGCUCUGGGCCUGUCAUCUGCUGUGUUUCCUCAGCUCACAGAGAGACAGGGUUUUUUAUAGGCCAGACUGCAGCAGUCCCUUUGGGUGAAAGAAUGAAGAAGUUUAAACUCACAACAAAACACGCCAGGCCAUCGCGCUCAUCCGGGGAGCAUCUUCAGCCGGCUUGAUCCAGCUCAAUGUUUGAAAAGAUGGGAGCUGCAUGCGUGAUUAUUUUCUUCUAAUGUUUCACUUUUCAUGUCAGUAUUGACAGAAAGCACUGUGUUUACCACUAUGGGGAAUUGGGCUUUCAAUAUUUAUG